AUGAAACUGAACGCGAUAUGUCACAACACGCGCUGUAUAUAUUGCAAAGGCAAGCUGUGUAAUGAAUUUAUCGCAUUGCCAGUCAUUAGAUUUCCAGUAACCUCAGCUCAGAUCAGUCGACAUUGCCGAACAGCUCUUUCCACUUUUCCAGUAACCUCAGCUCAGCUGAGUCGACACUGUAUUGCCAUACAGCAGAGAAGGCUCCUGUGAAUGAAAUACGGUACUUUCUACCUAGACAAGGUCAAUUCCUGGAGUGAACUGGUGAAGAGAGCCGCAUAUACAGAUGCACCAGCCUUGAGCCUUCCAAGCGGAAUAAAUUAGACAAGGAAUGGACAGAGAAUGGACCACUCAUAUGAGAAAGGUAAAGGAUUAAGACGAAGCAGACGUGGACCAGAUGACAUGUCCGACAGUUACAGUGGUACAGAGAGAGUGACAGACUGGGACAGAGGGAGAAGCAAGCAUGACCAUUCCCACCGUGGGGAUGAAGGAUCCAGGAGAAGCCAGAGUUUCAGUGAGGACAGUCAUCACCACUGCCAUAGCGAGGGCAGUGGAGGACCCAAAGCUAGGAAACAGAAGGUAAAGAUCUUACAGAGACCACGGCAAACGUCCGGUCAGAGACAUAGAUCGGAUCGUGAUUUGAACUCUGGAUUCAGAGGUUCAUCUCCCGAUGUCAUAGACCUCGAUGAUGUCGGAUCAAGUAGCAGUCAAGAGGUCUCUGGGGCAUCAUCCAGUCAGUAUAUGACUGCAGGACAAGAUCCAAGCCCUCCAAACACCAUGGAUGGUGAGAGACAGUCCAACAUGUACGAGACGGAGAAGUGUCCAAAGAGCGUUGGUGAGUUGCUGAAGCCAGAAGUCAGCAGCGAUGCAAGUUGUGCUCAGAAUCCGCUUCUUGGAGGACUUCCUCACUUUGCCAAUCUAGCGGGACUGCAAGCAACAGCAGCCAUCGAUGCGAGUAUCUCUUCCAGUAUUCAGCUUCUUCAGUAUUACCAACAGCAGCAGAUGCUGGCGGCACAUUUUGGAUUGACAGGUUUUGGACAGACUGGCUUGUAUCCUAGCCUACCCCUAGCUCCACCUUUACCUAUGGCAAUGCCCUGUGCAAACUCCGUUCACACACCCUUUCUCCCAUGCUCAUGCGUGACUUGCCAAUCGGCCAUGCUUACUCAGGAUUUGAGCCGGCUGUUGCCUCAGUACGGUCAAACCGGACAGUAUGCACCACCGAUGCCCACCUUGCCAGUGCCUCAGCAACAAGGGUUGGUUCCCCCUCAAAGCCAGGACGUUCAGGCCCUCCUCAGACUCCUGCACCAGAAUGAUGGACAUGACGUCCAAGCAGUGAUGCCGCAGAGCUGCCAGGAGUGUGCAUGUGAGACAGAGUGCAAUGCUGCCCCGUUCCAUGUCCCUCAUGCCAACAAAGAACCUCCACCACCAGUUGUGUCAUCCAACCUUCCAAUGGCUCAGCGCCCACCGUCCAACCACUCGCACCAGGGUAUACCAUUUAGUCCCUACAGACAGAGCGGAGAUUUACCAUCUGGUUCAGGAGCUGGCAACAACAUGACACCCCUGAGACAAGCCAUGACUAGCACCCUAUGCAGUAGCCCUCUGCAGUCCCUUAUAACUCAGCUCAAUGAAAGCGGACUGUCAGCAGUCAGUGCCAUCCAGUUCCAGAGCCCUGACAAGCACAAUACUUCCAAAGCUGAGGAGAACCCACCCAUUGGAGUCUUCUGGGACAUAGAGAACUGCGCUGUCCCAAGAGGAAAGUCUGCUCUGGCCGUUGUUCAGCGCAUCAGAGACCAGCUCUUCAUUGGACAUCGGGAAGCAGAGUUCAUGUGUGUCUGUGAUAUCAACAAGGAGAGCAGCACUAUCAUACAGGAGCUUAAUGACUCACAGGUGACUGUAGCACACAUCAAUGCCACUGCCAAGAAUGCAGCUGAUGACAAACUCAGGCAGAGCCUUCGGAGGUUUGCUGACACCCACAGCUCACCAGCAACAGUUGUACUCAUUUCAGGUGAUAUCAACUUUGCUCAGGAUCUGUCUGAUCUAAGGCACAGGAAUGGACUGAAUGUGAUCCUGGUCCAUGGUCUAGCCGCCUCUGAGGUUCUCAAGACCUGUGCUAACAAGGCUUACAGAUACGAUGAACUCCUUGCUGACCUUCCCUUUAGGUCACCCUCAAAGAGCAUUAUUGAGAGCUCUGAGCUGGUGAUUCACAACCUUCCACUAAGGAAGGACCCGGGAAUCAUCAGGACCCGUCUCAAGCAACUCUCCGACAACUGUGGUGGCAAAGUGGGCAACAUUGUCAACACUACAGCGUUUAUCAAGUUUCCUAGCCAUGAGAUCGCCUGCAGAGCUAAGAAAAGACUGGAGAAGGAGAGUGUGUAUGGCAACGUCAUCACCACGUCCUUCUGCCGCAUCAAUCGAAAUGGCUAUGGGAGUCCCAGGUAUGGGAGGAACAACGUCAGAUGGGACAGUGACAGGAGCUGGAGAGACGGACAGGAAGAGGUCUCUAGUCAUGAUUCUAGUAGCAGCCAGGGAACAAGCGAGAACCAGAAAGCGGAGCCAAACAUUCCAAGCAUCAAGACAUACACAGGCCCCGCCCCCAAACCAAUCCCCGUCUCGGUCGCCAGUCAGAGGGAAUGCACAAGCCCUCUGGGUGCGGGCAAGACGGACAUGAAAGUCAGCAGUGGCCUUGCAGCAGCGUUCCGUCCUAUCCAACCCACCUCCUCAGCCCCACCCUCCUCUGCCGCUUCUCCUCGCAACACCCCGACCCCUCCCAACUGCGAAGGCAUCAACCUGGUCAUGGACGGGGCAGCCAUGAGAUCGUACCCCGCCCGAAGGCACCAGCAGGAUGCUGACCCCCUACUGUCAAACAGGGUGGGGUCAGAAUGGAAGCCCCUCAUCCCCACGCCCCCUCCCAUGGAAGCACAUAGUUCCUAUGAUGCCUUCAGGCCGAUACCAUCGGUCCAGAGGAUGGCGGGGGCUCCUGGGUCCCACCUGCACUUCAGGAAAGAUGGCACACCUGGUAACCCGUAUCUCAAGGGAUCAUAUAGAGCCCCGUCUCCCAUGAUGGUCACCAGUAAGCUGAAGCCCAGCUGGCAGCAGCAGCAGCAGCUCCAGGGUGGUGGAGCCAUGGGGCUAGCUCCGGGGGUCAAACCCUGGACCCCCAUGCCCGGUAUCGACCUGCUCAUCACCAACCUGGACUGCCAGAUCACACGCAAGGAGCUCAAGCGCCACCUGGUGGCAGCCAUCAGCGAGCAUUGCAAGGUCCUGCACGUGUUCCUGGCCGCCCCUGCUCAAGGUUACUUCCAGGCCGUUGUGAGGGUGCCCUCUAUGGGCGAUGCUAUUGGAGUCCUGGCCAACGUCAACCGUCGUCAGAUUGGUUCCAGACUCAUACACAUUUCCAUUAUGCCUCCAGGCGAUUCUAAUGCAGACAGACUGAGAAUGAUGAUCAUCCAGAUGCUGCAGGAGAUCCCAGGAAUGAGCAUGCCUCUCUAUAAACUCAGACAAGCCUUUGAAAACAAAUACCAGCAGCAGCUCCAUGUAAGCGACCUCUACCAGAUUCCUGACACGGUCACAAUGCAAGAAACACAUGGUGGAAAGCUUGUUUGUCUGACCGUGCUCAGCGCAUCCAACUCUCCCGUACCUGGCAGUUACAACUCUCCCCUCGGCUGGCAGUCUCCUUCCAUCCCGUUUAUACCACAAAGAGAGCCCAGUCCAGAGCCAUCCGAACGUUUCUGCAGUCGACACGACCCUGAAGGUCAGAGCCAGUACAGAUUGCUUGACACUGAUCUCUGUGUGAUGGUGGCCUAUCAAACCUUCACUGCUCAGGUCACGACCCUGCUCAACCUCCACAGUGGUUCCUUAUCUCUCCUAAGCUUCCCUCUGUGUUACAAAGCAGAGUUCAAUGACCUUGAUGAGGACUUUGAGAAGGGGAUUCCCUUGGAGCACCUGCUCAACUCAGUCCCGGGGGUGAGGGUAGCCUUCUGCAGGGAGGGCUUCAAGGUCAUCUGCUGGAGCCAACAGAAAGAGGAGGUCAUCACUGAUGAUGGGCAGCAGAUUUUCCCGCCUCUGCUAGGGCGGACCACACCCCUCCUACCUCCGGCCCUGUUCCAGUUCAGCAAGGAGGUGGUAGAGCUUCUGAAACACUCCACCAAGUGUCGUCUCCCGUUCACCCGCUUUGUCCCCGCCUAUCACCAUCACUUUGGCAGACAGGUUCGGGUGGCGGACUAUGGCUAUCUCAAGCUGAUUGAGCUAUUCGAGGCAAUCUCUCAUGUCUUGGAGAUCCUUGGUGCUACUGAGAACAAGACCCUGACCUUGACCCAUCGUGCUCAGGUCAAGAGGUUCGGUCAAGAUCUUCUCAAGGUGCUCAAGUCACAGGCCAGUAAGAAGGUGGUCAUCAAUGACUUUGCCCCUGCAUUCCAGAGAUGCCUGGGUCGUCCGUGGGAGACCGCUGAUUACGGCAUCUGUGACAUCCAGGACCUACUCUUUGACCUCCCUGAGAACUGGGUCACUAUUGAAUGGGACGGUGAUAACACAGUGAUAUCAAUUCCAAAAAGAGAGCAAACAGAGGAGGAGUGUAUACGAACGAAGAAGUUUACCAGGGAGAUCGUCGACCUCCUGAGCCGACAGCAUCGAUCUCGCAUCACGUUUUCCAAGUUCAUCCCCGCCUACCACCAUCAUUUUGGCAGGCAGUGUCGGGUUGGGGAGUAUGGAUUCAACAAGCUGGCUGAACUGCUGGGGGCACUGCCAGAGGUGGUGCAGAUUGAAGAGUACGGUGACGAGCGGAGCGUCCAGCUGACGGAGCCCGAGCGUCUUGCCGUCAUGGCCCGUCGCAUCUCACAGCUGGUGCCAAGGAACCGGCAGCACUCCCUAGCCCUCCAUGCCCUGCUCCCAGCCUACUGUAAGGUCUUUGGUCAUCCUGUCUGUCUUGAAGACUACGAUGUUCAUGACCUGGAGUCGCUGGUCCGCAGGUUCUGCCACAUUGUUGAGAUCGUGACUGAAGAUGAUGACAAGCGCCUGCGAUCGGUGGAGCGGGAGCACCUGAGUGACUUGACCCAGCGGAUCCUGGUGGUCCUCCUGGAGCAGCCACGAGGGAGUGCAUCGGUGGAGAAGGUGGUGGAGCUUCACAAGAAGCUAUGGGGCGAGGAGCUGGUAGCAACGGAGUACGGGUAUAGCAGCGUGACUCUGCUACUCAAGGCUGUCCAUCAUGUGGUCAUGGUAAAAGACGAGUGGUCGGACGACCCCUGUGCCGAGCUGACCCCUACCUACCAGUUUUCCCGUAGUGCCCGGGAGGUCCUGAUCUCGGUACCAAACCAGACCCUGACCCUCCAGGCCUUCAUGUCUCGCUAUCAAGUCGUCCAUUGCUGCGAGCUCCUACCCCACGACUUUGGCCAGACCACAGUGUCCUCCCUCAUCUCGUCGGUACCGAGGGUGCUGACCUUGGUGGGGCGCGGCGCCCAGAGGGCCAUCACACUCAACCCCUGCUGCAUCGUUACAAGUGACGGACAAACUUAUCAGGAUCACUCGUUUUCAUCGGAGCACAACAAGACAUCCCCCAGUGAUUACACAGCACCAAGUUCCACAACCAGUGAGAAGGAGAGUGGGAAGACAUCUUCUAGUACUUCUACGUCAGAAUCUGAUGGUGUGAAGGGAUCGAGCCCUCGAGCUGAGUCUGCUCCAUGUGAUCUCAUGUCGGGUGGAGCAGCUCCCUCUAGUGACCAAGCUCCCUUCCUGGAGCCAACCCAUGCUGAGGCUCCUCCUCCUCUUCUUCCUCCCAAGGAUCUCAUCAGCUUCAACAGCCCCAUGUUUUCUCCACAUAAAGAAUCCCAGAGUGCAUCGGGUGACCAGGAGAAGAUAGAACACAUCGAUCUGAGGAGCCUCCUCCACCUCCUGCCAAACCAAACCCGCUUCAGCGUCGGCCAGUUGCCCCACGACCUCUGCAACCCUCUACCAGGCCACGCCCUUCAAUCAGGACCGGCCUCCUUACCCCACUCCGCCUCCACCUCGUUCUGUGUGGAUCAGGGUGGGGACGACGGCGAGCUGCUACCCCACCACCUCCAGCAGCGCCAGGCCUGCUCCCUGCCGUCGUCUGCCGCUUCGUCUCCAAGGCGCGACAUCUUGAGAGGGCGCACUCGCUUUCGCCUUGCCGCAAACUUUUCCCUGGGAUUUCAAGAGGUACCAUAAGAAUUUCAAGAGGUACCAUGAGAAUUUCAAGAGGUACCAUGAGAAUUUCAAGUUGUACCAUAAGAAUUUCAAGAGGUACCAUAAGAAUUUCAAGAGGUACCAUGAGAAUGUCAAGAGGUACCAUAAGAAUUACAAGAGGUACCAUAAGAAUUACAAGAGGUACCAUAAGAAAUUCAAGAGGUAUAAGAAUUUUAAGAGUUACCAUAAGAAUUUAGAAUCGGUAAGAACAUGUGCGUUCUAGGAACACAUGCUUUGCAGUUAACUGUUAUAUGUACAUUUGUUAUGCAUGUGUUGUGGUAAGCAGCCUCUGCCUACCAUUGUAAACAAUUAUUCUCUUAAUAUGAGUUGAGAUUUCGACUCGGUUAUCCAUCCAAUCUUCAGUAUUACAUGCAUUAUGUUUAAUGUGGAUAAUGUUUGCGUCAAGAACCGAUGCUACAGUUAAGAUGCGAUGAUCGUCUGUUGUACAUACAUGUAAGAGUAAGAUGUUUUUAUGAUGUGUACAGUUGUAACCAUGUUGAGAUUCAUUUCAUUCAAGUAUUGCAGUGCUUCAAACUCAGGUGCAACAUGUGACAUUACCUUGUGACUAUCAUUAUGUAUGCAUAUUUGUUGUAGCAGGACUACCAUUGAAGUCUUUGUAGAGCAAUAGCCAAAGGUUUUUUCCAUUGCUAACAUAAUUUGCAGGUUGUCUACAUGUAUACAUGUAUAUAGCUUGCUCUGUGUAAGAUUUUUUGGCAAUCAAAAUUGGUGCUUUGGCAAAUUUGGAGAUAGGUUUUUGUACCAUCCUGUGUUGAUUCAAUUUUUAUGUUCUUUUCAUACUCAAAGCUGUGAAGUUGUCGUCAAUCAGUAUGGCUUGUUUGAUGUUUUAGGUAUUCACAGUUUUUCACAAAUGAAAGAAAUAUUUAGAGAUACCAAUUAUACAAUUAUAGAGGACAAUCAUUAGAAACAUGAGAACAAAAUCUGAAAUUAAAAAGAUAUUUGCUUUGAAUUGUGGCUAUCUGCUUGAAUGGAACUCUCCUUGUUUUAAGCGGGGGCUCCAAUUCAUAACUCAAAAGAAUAAAAUAGGUAAAAGUUCACCUAGCUGUUUAUAUUUUCUUUUUCUGAAAUACAGAUUCCCACAUGUGUAACCUAAAGUAUUAAUUUAUUUUGGCGUAGGACUAAAAUCAUUACCAAUACUUUUUUCAUUUAACAACUCUCAAGAGAUGAAGAAUUUUGAUGAUGAAAUAAGGCUUCCUUUUGAAUAUAAUGGAAUGUGUGAAAUUAUGAUUUUGUUUAAUGCAAUAUGAUUCCUCCAUUGUUGCUUUUUUACUUGCCACUGCCACGGGUCUGAUGUUUGAUUUAUUUUCUCUAAAAGUUUUGCAACAUGCAAAGCUUUGUUCGCAUGUGAUGUGGUUAACAGCUUCUUUCAAACAUCACCAGCAAAAUAAACCAUUUUAUGUGUAAAUAGAUGGCUUGCGAGGGUGAAAAAAAAAUCAAAUUAGCUGUGUGCACAGAAAGACUUAAAGUGCACUCACACAUCUAUGUUGUAAGAUACAGAAAUAAGAGGCGCGCUAUGUUUCAUUUUUUUAUUUUGCUGCUUCAGCUGCUUUGAGUUGGUUUAUCCUGCGCCGUGUUAACAAAGCUUAAUGUAGAUGUUUGUGUUUGUAAAGUACAGAGAAGAAUUGUAUCUUAUGCUUGUAGCAAAAAUUCUUGCUAAAAGGGCAUUUUAUACAAGCUUCCUAUUAUACUUGGUUAUUUGUAUGGUAAAAAUAUGUGCAAAUUGUAAAUACUACUUAAGUUGCUAGGGAAAGAGAAUAAACACUGCGUGCGAUAUGAGAGAGUAUGUAUUCAUCAGAAUGCAUGUAACAUAAAGAUAAACAUGUUUGUUUAUUUUUGUACCUAUAGAAAGUUAAAAGGAGAUUAAGAAGUGCAAUUGUGUGAUGUUUGUUAAGACUAACAAAUGGACCACACACUUGGACAAAAUGUUUAUUUGUAUUAUCAUAUAUGAAGAGGAUUUGGGGAUAGCACAUUGCAAAGAUUGUAUUUGCAAGAUAGUGCAAAACAAAGUUUGAAGCAAAACUUUGAACAUCAUGACAAAGAAUGUUGUCAUAAUUUGAAUGUGCUUCAUUCAGAUAUUUACUUAUUAUUUUGCCAUUAAGGUAACAAUAUUGUUAAAAGUCAUAGUGCCAGAUUUGUUUCAUAUUUGUAAGCCAUUGAAACACCAGCAUUAUGGUGAAAAGUAACAAUAUUUGGAGAUUCUUUUUUGUUGAAAAAAUUGAAUUCUGCACUUACAGUGUAUAUGUAACAUGGUGUGUCUCACUGACUAUAGUUUUAUUAAUAACUCAGGAAUAGACUUGUCCUGAAAGAAUGCACUAGCAUUGUUUGCUGCAUUGUGGUGAAUUUCAAAAAGAAAUCCAGUUUUCAAAAGGGAACACCUCCUAAAGAUAAUAAGCUGUUCUCUCCAGCAAAAUGACUAGUCUGACACGAGUAUAGUUAGCAUUUUGGAGAAAUUCACGAUCGGUGUUGUGUUGUACGUUUACCCGAUAUAAACAUGAUUGCAAAUUGCAUUAUUUUUAUGUUAGUGUGUGAAAAACUUCUAUUGUACAAGUGGAGCUCUAUUGAAAUUUAGUUUACACCUUACAUGAAAGAGGUUUGAAUAGGAUUAUUUUAAAUCCAUGGCCAAAUGUAAGAGGAUACGAGAAAAGAGGUAGCCAUUACUAUGGUAAUGCUCUAAGUAGUUUAUAAGUGUUGAGAGUUUAAUAUUUGCAUUGAGUAGCAAAUACUUUGAUAGGGUAUUCAGUUUUAAAAUGCGUUCAAAUGUGAAAAAGCAAAUUACUGUAGGUGAAGAAAUUUAAUGUUCUUCUGUGUACCGGUAGUAAAAAUCAAUUUCAUUAGCACACAUCAUUAUUUCAUUGCAUGGUUUAAUUAGUGAGUUGAAUAGAAGUUAAAGAAUAUUAGUUUGAAAUGGAAUAGCAAUAUGAUUAUUGCUGGAUUGAUUUUUACUGAA